ACAUUCUACCGACUUAACCCCAUUAUUGUUGAUUCAAAUUUUGUAAACAAAAAAAAACAUUUUAAAUUUAAACUUUUUGGCAAAAUAUCCUUGGAAAAAUGCGUGAUAAUAUGGAAUUGUUCACGUUAAAGGAAAGAAUAUUCCUUCUGAAGACAUUUUACCAGAAAGACUGUGAUGUAGAUUGUGUAAAAGAUUGCUACGUGUAUGAGUAUGGGGAGGAUGAUGAUGUACCCACGGAUUCCCUAAUCUUUGAGAUUGUGAACCUCUUUGAGGAAACUGGGAGUGUUAGAGAUAUUCCGCAGAUUUUUAUUAAACAAGAACAGGGCAUGCCACUUUCCUUCAUUGGCUAUGAUGGCUUUGACACAAUCGUUGAAGAAAUUAAAACGGAAGAAGAAGCUGAUGAAAUUGAUCCACAGCCUGAAUUCCUGAAUUAUUCAGAGAUUGAAGAUAAUAACUGCUUACCUGAUGCACGCACGGAAAAGAAAAGAAAAAGAACGCCAAAGAAAAUGUGGACAGAGGGAGCAAUGAGGACUAAAAAGUCCAAUCAAAAGCAAAGGAAGAUCCCAUCUGGAAAGGCCAGAGGAGAAUUUGUCUGUGAAAUCUGCAAUAAGACGUGUAUUUCGGAGCUUGGACUGAAACUCCAUGUGUCCCGUCAUAUCCAGAAGCCCCCGAGAAGUUGCAAAUACUGCGAUGAGUUCUUCCCCACAAUAUACAAACUCAAAUGCCACAUAGCAGCAAGUCAUCCGGAUAUUAUGAAGACGGUGCAGGAAAUGAAGGAGAACAAGGUGAAGCCGGUAUUUUACUGCAGUAUUUGCUCAAAGUCUUUCCCCAAUUUGUCGCUCUUCAAGCGACACAGUAGAAUGCAUUCGAGUACACCGGAUGUUGUUUGCGAUAUCUGUGGGCAAAAGUUAAAGCAUAAAACCAGCCUAGCUGACCACAUGACCAUACAUACGGGUGAGAGGCCGUUCAAAUGUACCUUUCCCGAAUGCACAAGAAGCUUCCGAUGUAAGGUGUCCAUUGAUAUCCAUAUGAGAUCACAUACAAAUGAAAGACCCUACAUUUGCCAAACUUGCGGGAAAGGAUUCAAGGAUAAUAGCUCACGAAGGGUGCAUCAGCUGCAACAUACCGGUGAGAAUCCAUUUAAAUGCGAUCUCUGUGGGAAGACAACGAAACAAAAGCAGAAUCUUAAGAGCCACAUGCGUCAUUUUCACAAGAUAAAUAUAGAAACAAGUAAUUUAUGAAGAGGUAAGGGAGUUUUUUUUUAUAUUCAUUGGGAGCUGCAAUUGGUUUAUGAUAUCACCCGGCUCUGGGAGGGCCACAAAAAGUGUGCCCUCCAACGCACCAGAGCGCUCAACACGUUCUUUGAUGUGAAACUACACUUGGUUUAUGAAUACAUAUUAUAUUUAUUAAUUGAUUAUAAA